UGUCAGCAUUGCCAAGAGGUGUCUAAUUCCCAGGACAACCUUUUGGGAGAUAUAAAAGUCCGGCAUCCCCUGUCCAUCCUUCACUCAUCACCAGCUCCACGAGCUCUUCCUCUUGCUCUCCAGCCAAGGCUCUGCCAGAACUCCAGCACGAUGUGCUCCCGCAGCUCCUGCCACGACUACGAGUCCUCCUGCCACGGGUCCCGCUCCUCCUGCCUCAGAUCCUGGUUCUCCUGCCACAGGUCCCGCUCCUCCUGCCACGAGCCCGAGCCCUCCUGCCGCUACGUCCAGAGGCAGCCGGUGCAGAAAUGCACCUACGUGACGCCCUGCUGUCCCCCCGUGCAGCGCUACUGUCCCCCCGCUGUCCCCUGCUGUCCCCCCGUGCAGCGCUACUGCCCCCCUGCCGUCCCCUGCUGUCCCCAGGUGCCCUACUGCCACCAGUACACCAAGAACAUCUGGAACCUUCCACCAGCGUGCCCCAAGUAUUGAACAGGAUCCAGCCCCAGCAGCCAGAGCCGCCGGCUCCUCCCUUGGGCACCCCGACCUCGGCUCGUCUCGUCCACGCUGAAACCCCCGGGUCUCUGCCAUGUGGGGAUGAAAUGUUCUCCUAAUUAACAUUUAUGGUGUCAUUCUUGCUAAUUAUUCCGGAAAUGUCCUUUUCUAAUUAUUUGGGGUGUAAUUAUUUGUUGGUAAUCUUUCUCUGUCUUGAGCUUCUGAUUCAGACUCAUCUGGGUGUGGGAAACAAUAAAUCUGAUUCAUGAGA